UGCCGGAAAAACACACCGCAGACGAACGUCUACAUAAAAUGGCGCGAAAAGACAUUUUAAUUUCUGUAUUACGGUUUGCUUCGGAUAUCAGUCACCGGCAUCUGCAACCGCAAUUUUGCAUUGUUAAUUUUAUAAGUCCGGACAAUGCAUUUUUUAUGCGUUGUUGUGUUGUUGGCGGUGUCGAGUUGCGGAGUGACGGCUUUAUGGGAUCCGCAAGGAAACUGCCGGAAAAGCGCGCCUGUUGGAUAUGCAUGGGAUAGUGUUGCGGUGCUGGGCGUUUGGUACCAGUAUAUGUACGGUCCCAAAGAAGGCUUCCAGCUGAACAAUUUGACCAAUCCCGUGGAAGAAAACCGUGCCAUCGGUUGGAUCUAUGACAAUGGCGGUACGAAGUAUGCAUCGGCGACGUUUGUCACCUCCCGCCAGGAUGUCGCUCCGUACAGCUGCUGGGCGUCGUACGCCACACAGAAUACCAGCUGCAACGGCUACACCACGGCGUUCGGGUAUUUCGGCGGCCUGGGCACCGGCGAAACCGGCGGUCCACGCAACUUUUAUAAACUAUACCUGGACCCAAACUUCUUCUACGUCCGUUCCGACUGUUUCGACCAGGGCAGCGACACCCUGACUAUUCAGAACUGCAAACAGCCCGGUGUCUCUGUAUGGACCCGCAAGAUGCCCAAGGACAUUACGCCGCUGGAGAACAAGAUCAUCCUGGAUGUGCUGGACGACCGGCUGCAGUUCUACUGCGUCACCGGCGCCCAGAUGGCCUACAACCAGUGGGUGGAUCUCCCGCCCUGUGACUACAUUGAGAAGCCGCAGAAUUUCAUGAACGACAUCCGGUACGCGGAGGAGCACGUGGUCAGCAAGUGCCAUAGUGCCUCUUCCGGUGGCGGCUGCGCGCCGGCGUCGUUCUACUAAGAUAUUGACUGCUCCGAUUUAUCUCUGCAUUUGGUAAUUUAUUUUGAUUCUCCUGUAAAUCUUUUGUAAUGAGAAUUAUCGUUUGUGCCCGUAAAAUAAAUUAUUAUGAA